AUGGAGCCCAUCCAGCCUGCAGACAACCUUAGCGUGGCCCAGCAGCCUCCUGCCCCAGAGCCCGGGGACCCAGAGGAUUCCAGGGAUGAGACCUCCGACAGUUCAGACACCGUUGUCCUCAGCCUCUUCCCCUGCACUCCGGAACCUGGGAACCCUGAAGUGGACACCGGAGUCCCAUCACCACAAGCAGGUAGUUCCCUGAAGCACUCCACAACCCUCACCAACAGGCAACGUGGGAAUGAGGUCUCAGCCCUGCCAGCCACCCUAGACUCCCUGUCCAUCCACCAGCUCGCAGCCCAAGGGGAGCUCAGCCAGCUGAAGGAGCACCUGCGGAAAGGAGACAACUUAGUCAAUAAGCCCGAUGAGCGUGGGUUCACCCCCCUCAUCUGGGCCUCAGCCUUCGGCGAGAUUGAGACCGUCCGCUUCCUGCUCGAGUGGGGGGCCGACCCGCACAUCCUGGCCAAGGAGAGGGAAAGCGCCCUGUCACUGGCCAGCAUGGGUGGUUACACGGACAUCGUGGGGCUGCUGCUGGAGCGGGAUGUGGACAUCAAUAUCUAUGACUGGAAUGGAGGAACCCCCCUCCUGUAUGCUGUGCGCGGAAACCACGUGAAGUGCGUAGAGGCCUUGCUGGCCCGAGGAGCCGACCUCACCACAGAGGCUGACUCUGGCUACACUCCAAUGGACCUCGCUGUGGCCCUGGGGUACCGCAAAGUGCAACAGGUGAUCGAGAACCACAUCCUCAAGCUCUUCCAGAGCAACCUCGUGCCCACUAACCCUGAGUGA